AUGGGGUCCCCCCAGGGGUACCGAGCUUCGUGGUGGACUUUCCUUCUGCACCAGGUGCCGCACAUCAACUUCCAGUUCGAGGCGGCGGGGAGCGAAUUUGCUCCAGAGGAUUUGGGUUACCAGCAGGCACUUCUGUUUCUGGCCAGUGUCUCGGGUUUGUGCUUUGCCAUCAGUCUAGUUCUCAUUUGCGUCUACCUGAUCCGCUUUUGCUGCUGCAGUAAUGAAGAUAAGGAGGAGACCAAGACACAACGGGUCUGCUGUGUCACCUGGAGCUGUGUGGCUGCGGUUAUCAUCUGCUGCACUUGGAUCAGCAUCGGUUUCUAUGGAAACAGCGAGACCAAUGAUGGAGUAUACCAGGUCACAUAUUCGUUGCUCAAUGCUAACCACACGCUAAGCUCCAUUGACAGUCUGGUUUCUGAAACUGUGGCGCUCCUUUCAGCCACAAUACGGGGGGAACUGACACAGCUUGAGGAGACGCUGUCCCAGAGGACUGAACUGGUGGCUGUGGUUCGGAACACACGCCGCCAGGCCAAGGCAGUAGCACAGACCUUGGAUGGCAUCCCCUUCUGGAAAGAGGCCCGUGGAGGGGCCAGCAUCCUAGCAGAACAAGUUGGCUAUUUGGAAGACUACCGGUGGUUGGCCUACAUCCUAUUGCUGCUCUUGGACCUUAUCAUCUGUCUCCUCACCUUGCUAGGACUGGCAAAGCAGAUCAAGUGGCUGGUAAUCCUGAUGACUAUCAUGAGUUUCCUGGUCCUUAUCCUGAGCUGGGGCUCCAUGGGGCUGGAGACAGCAGCAGCUGUGGGACUGAGUGAUUUCUGCUUUGAGCCAGAUGGUUACGUGAUGAACACAACCCAAGCCAGGACUGGACUUAGCCCAGAAAUCCUACAAUACUAUUUAACCUGCAGCCAAGAUAUUUUCAACCCUUUUCAGCAGAGACUCACUGUGUGUCAGAGGGCCCUAUCCAACAUACAUUCCCAACUAUACGGAUUGGAGAGAGAAGCCAUUCCCCACUUCCCAGCAGCCGAGAAGAGCAUCGUAUCCAUCCAGAGUACUUUGAACAUCACAGAAAGUAAUUUCCAUCAUCUUGUAGCUCUCCUCAAUUGCAGGGGACUUCAUAAGGACUAUGUGGAUGGCCUGAAAGGGCUGUGCUAUGAUGGCAUGGAGGGAUUGCUUUUCCUCCUCCUCUUCUCCUUCCUCUCUGCCCUUUCCUUCACCACAGCGGUCUGUAGUCUGCCUCGGGCUUGGAAGAGGUUCCAGAACAGGGACUCGGACUAUGAUGACAUGGAGGAUGACGACCCUUUCACGCCCCAGGCACGUAGACCGCCAACAGUGCGUGCAGGGGGGGCUGGGCCCAGCCUGCCCAGCUCCUUUGGCCACUGUUCAAGCUGGGGCAGCCGGGGCAGCCUGCGCCUUUCAGCCCCCCCCAUUUCCAACGCCCCCAUCUCACAGUACAUGAGUCAAAGCGCUUCGUACAGUGGCAGUCCUCAAUUUGAGAGCAUCCCCCUCAUUGACCGUCAUUCCCCACCCCCUUCGUAUUCUCCCAGCAUGCGAGCGUCUUAUGUUGGUGCUAGUGAAGAAGUGGUCUUCCCCUGCCAGACCGGAUUACAGUCCUAG